AUGGUUGCCUGGGUUGGGGGUCUGGCUGCCCGAGCCGGCGCCGUCUUUGUCAUGUCCAGCCGGCCAGAAACGCAGCACGCGAACCUGACGACGUACACCAUCAACUCUAUGGCGGCUAUCGACGCUCUCCAGAGCACAUGGUACAAUGUCCAAAGCGGUAUCUGGGACAGGAAGUGGUGGAACAGCGCCAACAUCUUCACAACAUUGGCUGAUUUUGCAAGCAUCGAUGUCGUUGCUGCGAAUGCGCUCAACGUUGGUGGCAUCAUGAGGAACACGUUCGAACAAGCCCAAAAGGAGGCCGUCACUUCCUUGAAACUCAUCGACGACACGGGCCUCGUCACGUCAUCCUACACCAUCUCCAUGGUCGGCAUGGAGGACGCUUCCACAGAAGUGGCCACCAAACUCAUCUCUCGCCAGUUUCCUGGGUUCAUCAACGAGUUUUAUGACGACGAGGAUGGUGGGCACUGGCCCUUAUUCGAGCGUUUGAUGUCACGCGCGACCAAGGAUACCUGGACAUGUUCGCCAACAUUUUUGACGACAUGA